AUGCCUCCAAUAGAGUUUUUUGUCCAAGUAUAUUACGACGGCCAUGUUCAAAGGACAGACACAGAAGGUGUUGCAUUUUCAUGCAAUAAUUCAUCCUUGUUUAAAGUGAAAAAAAACAUCAAACUGGAUGGACUUAUCCAAUGUAUCCAGAAAAAGAUUCAACCAGACAACUCCAAGAGGGUGGUGGAUCUUGUUUAUCGAUACCCUACAACUCUUGCACAAGGACUUGUCUGGUAUGAGUCAUUAAAUCUUGUAGGAUAUGACGAUGUUCAGAUGAUGUUUGACAUGUUCAUGAAAUGUAAGCGUCUUGGUAUUUCAACAAUGGAGGUUUACGCAGUUGACCUCAACUCAUCAUUCCCUCUAGACAACCAAAAUGAUGGUGUUCGUGUCAAUGUUGUGGCUGGUGUCCAUGGCGAAGAAGUUGGUGAUUUUAGUGAGAAUGAAGAUGACAUUCUUGCCCAGCAUGCUGUCAAUGACGAUGAGGACAGAGACAUUCAUUUCUUUGACCCUCCCUUACACUUUCGUGAUGUGACCUCCAACGAUACAGAACAUGUUGAAGAUGAAUUUGUCCACUCUAUGUCCCGAAACCAAUCUUACCUUAUUCCAGAACCUGGCAACUUACAAGAGGGAAUGCAAUUUCCUAUGAAUGAAAUGGCAAUAUGGUGCGUAAAAGAAUACCAUAUGAAUAAGACCCCAGACUUUGUGGUUGAACACUCUGAUACCACUAGAUGGAUUGUCCAUUGUCCCAUCGAAAAUUGUAUGUGGAGAUGUAGAGUUAUACUCAGCAAGAAAUCACAUGUCUGA